CUGCGGCUGUUGAUGAUACAGAAUUUCCUUAGGGUUCGGUAUGUUUAAAUCUGGACUUGGACCAGAUAGCCCUUCAAAUAGAGGACUGCCCUUUGUAAGGUAGGACACAUGCCCUCCCUGUUGGUGGAAGGGACCUCUGUACUCUCUUUGCACCCCACCAUAUAAAAAAAAACAGCGUCAUGAGGGGGUGCCUUCAGUAAUCGCAACAGGAUACAUAGGUUAGUUAUUUCAUUUACAAAUGAAUUGCUUCUGAUGAGCAUCUCAAAGCCAAAAGCAACACAAUAAAAAAAAUGUAUAUAAAACAAUUGCAUGUAUAAAAGCAAGUUUUCAACAAUUACGUAUAAAGCAAUGAAAACAUUUUAUAACCCAUUUCAAAUCCAACACAGGUACCAACCAGGAUAGCAAGCUCUGCUUCAAAGGAGACAGAAUAACGUCUACUAAAAGACAAUGGAGAUGACAGUUAUAUUUGUUGCGUAGUUAAAUUUGUAUGGCACGCUCCUCCUCAAUCUCAAGUGUUGUCUUUACAGAACUCAGCAGCGAUGAGCAUAGGGGCAAAAACACUUGCCCCUGCCUGUCAUUGGCUACUGGGGGAGGGCUGGUUAUUGGGCCUUCUCAAUCGUGGCACUCCCACCCAUCAGAUGUCAAGGAGAUAAGUAACUCUACAACCCUUAAAAGACAUCUGAAGGAGGCCCUGUAUAGGGAAGUUUCUAAAGUUUAAUGUUUUAUUAUGUUUUUAUAUACGCUGGAAGCUGCCUAGAUUGGCUGAGGCAGCCCAGUCAGAUGGGCGGGGUAUAAUAAUAAAAUUAUUAUUAAUGUUGGUUUGCUUUGCUUUUGUUCUUGUCUUCAUUAUGUAUUCUGAGUUUUUAAUCUUGCAUUUUUCUGCUGCUGGGAACUGCCCUGAGGUCUACAGAUGAAGGGCUGUAUACAAUUUUUUUAGUUUUAUUGUUGAUAAUAAUGAUGGCAAUGACAAUACUGUUGGUCUCCAUGCUUUCCACCCCACCAGUCCCAGUGGGGGAAAAUAUAUUUCUAAGGGAGGAUCCCUGUAAUUUGUUGAGAACGCAAGCUAUAUGAAAACAGCUGUGCCUACUCACCCAUUAUUUAUACACCAUAAAUAAGUAAAUCUGGAAGGGAAAUCUUAUCUCUCCACCAUAAAGUAUGUCAUCUCCCCCCAUGCCUGCUUCUCCAGGACGAACAGAGUCAAUGCACUUUUUUACCCAUCAUACGGUAGGAGGGUUUUAUGCCCAUACCAGCUGUUCCUUUCAAUGUUCCCAAAAAGCAGUGGAAGAAUAAGCGAAGCCCUCCCUCUCUAGAGCUAUUGCAUUACUUUCGCCUGGUACCUGGUCCAGGAAGGCAGCUUUCAGAAACAUUUCCUUGCAUACACAAAAGCUAGGGGCUUGGCUUCACGUGACAAGAUCCGGCAGACUCAAAAGAAACACACACACACUACAUUAACAUCCAUGCAGCCCCUGAAUAAUUAAAGUGUCUCUUCAAGCUGAAUGCAUUCACCGAGUAAUUAAUCAGUCAGUAGGAGAAAAUGUGCUCCCUUUAGGAAGCCAACAAUGCCGGCUGUUGCAUCUUUUGUCUGACUUAAACAAAUGAGGUGGCAGACAUGAUGGUGCAGAUCAGAAAUUUUGGAACAUGCACAAUCCGCAUUGAACACACUUGCCCUUAUGACAUUCUGUGCACGGAAAAGCCACUUUGCAAAUUCCCUUUUCUUUCAUCAGGCACCUGAGAUCUUUAAAGUGUAACUAAAAAAUGGAAAAUGGAAUGCAAGAGAGACAUGUUUGCCAACAAAUGUAUCGUGCAAGGGCACAUCAGGAGUGAUUGUUGGUUUGCACUGACUCUUGAGCAUGCAUUUGUUUAUUAAAUUUGUAGAGCGCCCUUCAUUCGCAAACCUCAAGGUAGUUCACAAAGUAAAAAUGCAAUAUAAAAGCACGAAAUACAUGAUAAAGACACUUCACGGGCAAACAUCAGUUGGCCUUUGUGUAAUGUACAAAACACCAUAUUUAUGGGGACUGAUGCACGUCUGCCUCAUGUAGAAAAUCACAGGUUUGAUCCCCAACCCUUGCAAUUCCCCGUCUUCCUCCAAUGAGCACAGUGUGGUGGGAAAAUAUAGAUCACCCAUGUGGAGUAAUUAAUAGAAGACUUGGCUGUAUACCUAGAUCCAAAGCCCUGAAUUAAACACACUCUCCAGUAACGGAGCCCCAGCUGAGUUUAAAAAUAAUAAAAUGUGCAACAGUGAAGUGUUAGGAAUAUAGGCUGUUAGACCCCGUUUAAUACAGUAUCCUGUUUGGUCCACUUACAGCCACCACCACACUGCCCCCCGCCCGCCUCUACCCCUCUCGCAAUGAACAGACCACACCAUUAGUAAGUUUAAAUGCUUUACUUACAAACUACAACGGUCAGAUUCUUUAUUGGUCAGAUUCAGCAAGAGGAACAGAUGCAGAAACUUCCUGGGAUACCAAAUACAGAAAAAUACUUCAGAGCAUGAGGCCUGGGCUUGAAGGGGUCAAGCCCAGGCAUGUUGCCUGGUCAACUUCACAUGAUGGGAGAGAAUGAAAAAAGGAAGUUUUGCUUCCUUCCAAGAUGGGGGGACGUGACUUGCCAGUAGUUAAGUCUGAGAAAACUCUAUGGUCUUGACCUCUUAAGAGUUGAGCUUACUAGUUCUGACUGCAAUUGGCCACACUCAGGGUGACGACACACAUUAUAUUUUAACCAACGGGUAUCCAUCGCUGUGUUUCGUAGAAUUGGGACCCCAAGGACCAUCUAAUACAAUGCCCUGCAGUGCAGGAAAUCUUUUGCCCAGUGUAGAGCUCGAACCCACAAUUCUGUGAUGAAGAGUCGCACAUUCUAUCGACUGAGCUAGAUUGAUAGUUGGCUUUUAUAUAUAAUGGACUGAAAAUUGUACAAUAUCCACAUGUAAUUGCUGUUUGUACUGUGAGACCCUUUGGACAUUUAGGUAAAGAAUUUGCAUGAGCUGCAGUGGCAGGCGGCUCCACAGAGGGGCCAUUUCACAGACCAGGGCCGGCCUGCCUGCCUGCAGUGACCCUCAAAAGCAACUCUCCUGAUUGGUCCAUCCAAGACAAUCCUCACCUGAGUCACACAUUUGAGCAAUGCAUGACACAGGACUCUUGUCACAAAGGCCUGUGCUGCUAACACACUGGCUCUAGCAACCCUCUGAGCACCCUCCACCACCCACCACGGCUGCUGCUGCUGCUUGCUCUGGCUGCGGCAGAGGGAACAGGGCAAGGGGGAGAUGAGUGGAAAGAUGCUGCACUGACUUCCAGCUACCGGUUUCCCCCCGCCUUCCAGCUAUGGCUGUGCCAGGGGACAAAGUCUACAGCUGCCUCCCUUUUGGAGAGACACACCAGAAGCUGCUAGCCACCAUCCUGAUUGUGCUGGGACUUCUCGCUUUACUGGAAUAUGCCGUCAGACUGAUUUCUUUGGGCUGGAUUAGCAUCUCUCCGUUAAUGAGGAAAAUACAUGACUCUUGCUUCAAGAAAGGCAGCCAACUUCUGAAGACCAUGAAGGUCCUCUCCAGCAGCAAGAGACUGUGGAAGGAGUCACUGCUGCUCAGAAGCCGCAAGAAGCUCUCCAGCAUGCGCUUCCGCUGCAUCGUGGAGCCCGUCAAAGUCACAGUGAAGAUGAGCAGCCUGCAGGAGCCCAAAGCGUGCUGCUCGCAGGGCGGCCGCAAGAGCAAGGCCUACUACUCUGGCGAGUGGUCCAGCCACCACGACACAGAUGACAAGAAGGCCAGUUGGUACAGGAGACCGCAACGCCGACAGAGCAGCCCGUGCAGCUCCCACCCCUCAGACACCGAAACCCCCCAGCCGGCGUGCCCCGCCGGCUCUGUUGCCUCCUGGGUGCGUUUCAACUUCAGCCCCCCGCAGCGCGCCACCGAGGCCGCGAGCAGCUUGGCCCGCUGCGGGGCCCACACGCGGAACCACCAAAGAGCCACCGGCGACAAGCACCACAGCUCGGACGUCACCAGGGAGGGUGCCCAUGGGCAGAGGUUCCUGCAGCACUCGGUGGGCAUGAACACCGAGGAGCCUGCUCCCCGCUCCCCAGAACCCCCUCACGAGCACUUCAACCCCCAGUCCAGCGAGACAAAUUUCAUCCCCAGCCCCAUCUUGCCGGGCCCUAGGCGGGUGGUGUACUCUGCCCUGGCUUCGGAUGCGGCGUCCAGGACCCACCUCAACGGCGAGGAGUACCCCUACCCGCAUUCCCCAAGAGGGCCGCGGCACCGCCUCGGGCCAGAGUGGCAGCAGCGCUUGCCCGCGGCGCAGCAGGCCGAAGUGUAUGUUUACCUGGUCAGCCCUCCGCUGCCCAGCCCGGAGCACAACCCCGACCAGCCCAACCACCCAUUUUCCACAUCCCAAGGCAUCUCCAGAAAGGACGUUCUCGCCAGCAGGGUGUCUCUCAGCCACAGCAGGGGCAGUUCCAGCCAGGGACCAGCAGGGCAGGGGGGCAGCAACACCCACAAGCAGCGCAAGAGCAUCUGGGAGAGGAAGCACCAGCAGAGGUCCAUGCAGCCGAAUCCGGACUAUGAGAAGCUGGCAGGAGGCAACGGUGGCGCCAGCCUGGGCCACCACGAACCCUUCUCCCACAAUCCCCCUCUCCUGGCAGACAGGGGGAGGGGAGGUCUCGAUGCAACACCACCCACCAUUGCCAGCUAAAGGUGCCUUUCAGAGGGGACGGGCUCCUGAAAGGAGCAAAUGGCAACCUCUCCCGUUUCGUUGAAUACCCUUUGA